UUCUAAAGCUCGAGGCCAAGCCCUGGCCCCUCAAGGCUCUCCUAGAAACUGAAACUGCGGGCUUCCCAGUAGAUGACCCCCCCCCCCUCCGAGCUCCAAGGACUCGCCCCGCGACCCGCGGUCCUGAGCCCCACCCGCCCCCGGCCCGCCUCACCUGUCAUCCAGACCUGUCACUGAGUGACACUCGCCCUCUGCCCGGCCCAGAGCGCGCCGCCCGCAGCGCCAUGGAACUGAUGGCCAGCCGGCUCCUCAGCCCCAGCCCCUAUCCUGCGCCCUGGUGGGGACCGCAGUCCGAAGGUCCUGGCUCCGCCAAGCGCCGCCGAAUCGAGGAGUCCGCGGGCCCCGACUCCAGGACUGCGCCCAGCCUGCAAGAUCCGGAGGCGGACACGCUCACGUCCGUGGUGGUCCUGGCUCCGGGCUGUGCUCUGCAGCUGCCUCUGGACUACGUCGACCUGGUGCUGGAGCCCGAGCCAACGUCGGUCCUGCAAGUGUCUCUCGGGGGGCACACCCUCAUGCUGGUCCCCCAGGCCCUGUUGGAACUCGGCGCUCUCCAGGGCGCUCCCCGAGAGGACUUCGCAGUCCAUCGGAGAUUCUUCUGCGCAUGUGUCCCAGAGAUCGCCGCCCCAAAAGCGGCCUAUAGCCAGGACGCGGACCCCGGGUUCCUGACUUGUCCUUGGGUGGACGCCGCGUCAGGCUGCGUCUCUGGGUUCCGCCCCUAACCGCACAGCCCCAUUAGCGAGCCCUCGCCUCAGGCCGCCACCCCUAGUCCAUUGAGACGCUCGCCUGGUCUCUACGUCAACCUGGACUUCCACCUUCUGGAGCCCUUCCCCAGCUCACCGCUCCAACCUCUACCUCCCUCUCCGAGUCCAGGUCCUCACGUGCGACCCCAGCGCCCUCCGGGUCCCGCGCGCAAGGCCCAGAGACGCCUGUUCCAGGAAUGAACUGCCCCACCAUCCCUUGCCACCCGGCCCCGGGGCUAGUGAUCUACCAAGACUCCUUGUAAGCACUUAACCACCACUCAGAGAUGGAGCAUCUUGAUUCACAGACAGUGAGCAGCUAUAGUUUUUGUUGGCCUUGUUAGUUUUGUUUUGUUUUUAGUUUUG